AUGACCUUCCCGCUGCCUGUCCCGUUUGGGGUCGGCGGCUCCUCCCUCCUUCUCACUCACCACCCCGUCCUCUCGCCGCCGCCGCCGUCGUCGUCCUCGACAGCGCCCACCAUGCUGCUGACCAUCCAGCGUUACCCCAAAACAGUCCCUCUUGAUGUCCUCCUCCUCCGCUCGCCCAACACCAUGCGCUGCUUCUCCCCCGUCAGGCUCCUCGAUCUCAACCAUGAUGUCCUCGACACCAUCGUCUCCUUUGUUGCCCCAGCCGACGCUAUGCAGCUCGCCCUCACCUGCCGCGACGCCUACGAUGCAGCCAUGCCCCGCUUCCUCUCCGAAGUCGUCCUCGGCGGCCCCUCCGUCAUGGACGGCCCUGAGCAGAUCACUCUCUUCUGCAGGUACAUGCUUGCCGACCCACACAACCGGAUACGCCACCUGCGUGUGCUCGAGAUCAAGGAGGGCGCGUUCGUGAGCUCCGAAGGCGAAGACCGAAGCGGCGCAUGGGUCGCCGACUUCAGCUGUGCGGCGAUCCUCGCCGACAUGCUCCGCAAGGCGACCAACCUCCGCAAGAUCACCAUCCGCGACCUCGAGCCGCUGCUCCAGCACCAGCCCGCCGUCGCCGAGGCCAUGUCCCACCUCUCGCGCCUGCGCGACCUCAGCUUCUACCUCGUCGGCAAGUGCACGCUCGAGAUGCUCAAGAACACGACCUGCCACCCGUACCGCCUCGAGUUCGGCAUGUGGAAGGACGGCCCACGCGUGGCGGGCGACACCGCCGCGUUCGACGAGUACGCGCCCUCGCUACACACCGUCAAUCUCUGGCAGGUCGCGUGCCUGCUCGAGAGCUUCGGGCCGGAGUACGUCGGCGAGGGCGUCCGCGUGCUCGGGCUCGUUCCCAACGUACGCACGAUCACCUUCGCGCCCGAGUGCUCCGUCGAGGAGGAGGCGCCGACGGCCAACUGGACGAGCCUCGACCACGUCGACACGAGCGCGCCGCUGCCGUUCUUCUCGUGCACCGUCCGGCGCCUCGACCUGCGCUACGUGCUCGGGGUCGUGCAGACGCGGCUGAGCAGGGCGCAGGUGGUCGACCGCACGGUGAAGCUGCUCACGCAGACGAAGCCAGUCGUGCUGUCGUGCAAGAUCAGGGAGGAGCCCGGCGACACGAUCGUGGAGCGGCUCGUGCCUGUCAUCUCGCAGGUGCGCUUCCUCGAGGUCGCGUAUACGCCGCCGGAGCCCGUGGCCGGCAACCACGACAUGUUCCCGCCGUUGCAGAACGUGAACGACUGGACGGGCGAGUUCUUCCGGCGGUUCGAGAAGGUGCCGCUGGUCGGCCUGUCGUUCGCGUACUGCACCGACCCCGUGUGCUUCGGGCGGCCCGUGCAGGAGACGGCGCGGCUGGCGGCGGUGCAUAUCCCGACGUUGCAGUUCAUCAGCAUCGGCGUCGUCCCGAGGCGCGAGGGCCUCCCCGUGCCGACGCGGUUGUACUUCCGCGUGCAGAUGCGUGGCAAGGCGCAGGAGCCGCUGUUGGAGCAGCUCGAGAGCGGUCCAGGGAAGCGUAUCCGCGACGAGCUGCGUACGUUCGCACGUACCGCUGGUGCCUAA